CACAGACGCUCAGUUUGAAAACGUCAAAGUACGAUGGACAUUGCCCGCCUCUUGAGCCCGCAAGACGAGUUCGAUGCGCUCGACUACGACCAAGUCGUCGACAUGCGCAAGGCGAGGCUCGAAGCGCCGUCGUCGCCGACGCUGCGCGUGGGCGCGUGGUCGUUUGCCGAAGAAGCGUACACGAUGGCGCUGAUUGAAGCGUUUCUCAUGGGCCUCUUGCCCGAGCUCCAUGCGGGCACGCCACUGCGGUCGUUCCUCGCCUCCAAGCUCGAGUGCGUGCCCAUGCGCGUCUCCAAGAAGCUCGCCUUGGACCACCUCGCGGGCCGGCCGCUCCUGAAAAAACUGGGCCAGAAACGGUACUUGCCGACCGACAGCGUCGCGCCGUCGGUCCAGAAGGCAACGCGCCAGCAGCUCACGCACCUCCAGAAUGCUUUUUUGUGCGCAAAAGAAAAAGACAUUCUGUACAUCCGCGGCCUCGACACCACGACCAUCGAUCCCGCCGCCAAGGUGCCGCUCGGUCGGCCGCCGUCGGCGGCCUUCUCCACCGUGAAUGCGCUCGGCCACCGCACCGGCUACUGGCUCCGGGAAGAGCAAUUGUACGCACACAAGCUCAUCGACUGCUUCUUAAAAGGGGUCCUCGACCUCCCGAAAGGUAUCACACUGCGGUCGUUUCUCGCCGACCGCCUCUCGUGCAGCCCGAUGCGUAUUUCCAAGAAGCUCGCGACCGGCAGCUUGAUGGGCCGCGCGAUUCCGCGCAAGAUCGGCACGGCCGUGUACGUGCCCAAGUUUGACGCGUCGGACGCGUUUCAAACGCUCGUGCAGCAGGCGCAGCUCGACCUGAAUCGCCUGCGCAAGGCGUGCUUGGACAGCCGCGCCGCGCUCGCCCAGCGCGAGGACUGAGCCUUUCAUGCCUCUUCGUGUCUUUGUGUUGUCGAUCUAAUCCGAGUAGUAAACCCUCGUGUCGUGUGUAUGAUGUGCUGGGA